AGGGAAGGUUUCAGUUCUUUAUACAGCCUUUGGCUGUUAGCAGAAAACUCAUUCUGAUGGGCAGGGCUCCAAUUGGCUCUGUGUAAGCUAUUGUACGUGGAAAUCACCCAGAAGAAGCAAAACUACUGUUAGUCUCAUUUUCUGCUGAAGUGCAUGAGGGCCACUUGUUUAGGGAAAAGGCUACAGAUCUGACAUGAAGACUUUUGAGGAACAAACUGAGUGCAUUGUGGAAUCCCUGUUCAAUGAAUUCUUGCCUCCACCAAUGAUGUCCCAAGGCCCCUCGUUCCGUAGUGCUGAUGUCCCAGACUCUGGUGGUGAGCCAAGCUCUUUUGAUGUGACAAUCAUUGCUGCUCGUCUAAGAAUGCUAGGUGAUCAGUUAAAUGAAAACAUGGAAAUAUAUAGAAAAGUGGAAAAAUCUGCCAAAAUAGUCAUCACCAAAGUUACUACAGAACAGGCAAUUGCUUCACUACAGGACACAGUAAAAUCUACAGUGCAAUCACUCAGCCAGACGUGGUGUGCCCAAGAUCCUAACCUAGUCUAUGAGAGGGCCUUUCUGGCUGUGUCUGUAAAGUUACUGGAUGUCGUUUCCCGCAAAAUACCUCACAUGGCCAGGCAGUUAGCAAGGCCCAUGAGGAACAUGAUCAAUGAGGACACAGGUGUUCGACAGUUUAUUGAAGGACAGGGUGGUUGGGAGAAUCUGAUACCAACUCUCCAUUGACCAUUAUCUAAAUCUUGACUGGCUAAUUGAACAUCUUCUGUUGAAAAAGAAAGAAAGAAAAAGUUCGUUUGUUCAACACCUGAAUUUUAGCUGUUUAAUUACUCUUUUACAGAUUCCUGUGGUUAUGGAGCAAAUUCAUGACAUCCACAGGCAUUUUGCAGUCUUUGUUUUUAUUUACAAACAGAUAGAAACAUCUUCAAGACUGAAAGGAAGGAAUUUUUGAUUGAAGAAUUGGUGACACUGUGAUCUAACUUGUAGGAGAGACUUUGGGGCAGAGGUAUUCUCAUAUCAUAACCUGUAGGUAAAUGGCUAUAAAAUCAGUCUUACCACUUGAUUUGAGUUUGUCUGCUAUUGCACUGAUAUGUGUACGAAAGAAUUUUUGGGAAAUCUAUGAGAUGGCACUUCCCCUAUUUAAAAAAAAUUAAUUUUGGGUUGAGAUUGUAAUUUCAUUGAUGUGGGGAACUCAAACUGUAACUCUGCCCUCUAUGUAAUCUUUGAUCUAAUGAUACUGGCUACCUUAUUUUUCCUUGAAUAAAAUAUAUCUCCUAACUUCA